CCACUCCGCUAUCGGAGACAAGAUGACCUCAUUGCGAGGACCGCCAGAUACAGACCGUGCUAGCUUGCUCAGCUUUUGCCCACGCUAUGACUUUGUGAUUUCCUCACCACUAUCAAACCAAACGGAAGCCACAAUGGCAACUACAAGCACCAGCGCCGUCCAUUCCAAGGCGCCCAAACGAAUCCUGCGCAUGAAUUUCCAAAUUUUAUGAAUCCUCGCUGCAGGUCUCCGGGCAGGGUCACCCCAUUUGAUGUCCCAUAGAGUUCCCUCUUCUUCAUUCCAGUGCCAAACAUUAUCCUUCCAGGCACUGGUUGUGUAGCCACCAUUGUCUGGUCCUCCAUUGACAACCUUCCAAUAAAAGAUUUUCGCACCGGCCUUCUGUAGCGCUCCAUAGAAUCCAAUUCGGCAGCUGGAAUUGUCUUCCUUGUACUUUGUGCUUAGAUACUUCUUCUGUUCUGUGGUGAGACGAUCGUCAGCCUUGAGCUUUGCUCGGAUGGCCUUGACGGGUAUGGGCCCGCGGGCAGGGCCGGUUUCUUCCAAGACGUCUUGGAUGCGGCUCAUCCAAAAGGUGGGAAAUGCCGCUGCUUCGUUGUAGGUGGGCCAAAAUGUAACCUCCUGACUGCAGAUUGGACAUCCAGCCCGCGGACUACCCAAACCCCCAAUACCAUAACGCUUUCCAUCUGCGUUUAAUGCUUCGCCCGACCUACGAAGGCAUUCACUGUGGACCAAAUGCAAGCAUGGAAUGCCGGCAACCUCUCCAUUCUUUGCAAUUCCUUCUUCAUCAAACAGAUCCUCGAGGCAGACAAUGCAGACUGUGUUCAUUUCUGGGACGGAUUGUGGUGCAUGGUCGCUCAUCUUCAGUUCUUCUCCAGCUUACAUCCAAACUAAACAGUUUAUCAAUCAAUUGAUAAGUCACGAGGAGCCAGCUGCGUGGUGUAUGUAGAUCCUUUCAAUGAGAACCGAAAGGUUGAGCUGGUUGUCAUCAGGACAAGAAAUGAAUGACGCCGUGCUAAAACAAUCAGUUGGUUGUUAUCAACGCCAACUUUUGAGGAAACUUGCUUCCACCGUUCACCGUCUGGUAGCGGUACAGUACGCUGGUGCGCUGGUGUCGGUGUUCAUGAAACCAAAGGGCCUUUUACUAAAGGACUGAUAAGUUCGGGACAAAUCUAUCUAACAAUCACUGAAGCCAAAGUGCCAGAGGUUUCCCUCCUGCGGAACUUCUUCCACCCUCAUCAAAAACUAAUCAGCACUUUCAUACCACACUUCCUUGGUGCUGCUGCAAACACCUGGAGGCUUCCAUCACACGCAAGUCGCCAGGAGACUAGCCAGUUUAUUUAGUAAAAGAAGGAACCAUGGUGCUUGUCAGCGUCCAACAGGGUGCCACCCUAACAAUGCCAGACACGGUCCGCGCAGAAGAUGCACAUCCCAACUUGAAUCGGUGUGCCGUCUCGUAUGGUUCCUGUGACUUUGAGCAAAACAAGGUGCAAACUUUUGACGAAUUCUUGGACAAUUUGUCUGAUGCUGAUGAUGGGAAUGAGGAUGAUCUAUCGUUCUCAAGUAGCGACGAAGAGGUCCCGCCCCCGCCUCCGCCUUUCAAAACACCUUCUUCUAGACAGGACGGCAGAACUGAGGUAACAAGCUGUAGCAGGAUUCGUCUCCAGACCUUUCUUAAAAGCCCACCUCUCUCACAGUCGGCACGACGGCGGGUAACUUUCAAGCAAGAGCAAACUUCCCUCUUGUCGCCACCAAGCAAGUCUCCAGACUUUCGCAAAGCCUGGCGCCAAAAGUCUACACGAAGGGUAUCUGCAAGGAUGGGAAAGCCGCUGUCUCCACUUCCUUCCAAACGCAAGACAGCCAAGGAGCACUGGGCCAUUCUAAGGGAGCAUGUCUUGUCAGGUCGGUUCUUUCUGGACAAGGACUUCAUGGACAGAACCUACCAUGACUCCAACCAGGCCAUAAAGGGACAAAGCUUGAGAGCUGAAAUCGAAGGUGGGCUGGAAUGGACCUGUGGGCAGUGCCUCUGUGCUAUAGCCCUUUACCUGGGAACUGCAAUCCUGUGCUUCAACUUCCUCAUCCCCGAGACCAGGCAUGAAUGGACCAUCAUUGACAGCAUGUACUUUGCCGUGGCAACCUUUACCACCAUUGGCUUUGGAGAUCUGACCCCACCUGAUACCCAUCUGGCAAGACUUUUGACUUGUGGUUUUGCUCUCUCUGGUGUAGCCUGUUUGGGGUUGGCAGUAGGAGUCCUAGGCCAGCAUCUUGUAGACCUACAGUCCAAGGCCAUGCACUAUUGUGAACGAGAUGUUAUGACUCUCUUUGCCUCCAUUCAGAAUGACGAGGGUGAGUUGCAGCCCUGUGAAAUACACCAGCACGAACUACAACGGGAGUCAUCCUUCAAGCUUGCCACCAGCUGCGGGAAGCAGAUGUGGCACCGUUUGGGUGGCCAAUGGUUUUUACAACAGUACCAAGCAAUGGAGUCUUUCCUGCACCCUCCAACUCCAUACAGCUCAUUUACUUGUGCCCCCUGCACAACCAAUGCCUGCAAGCGACGCAAGGAAAGCUAUGAAAAACGACUCAGCCAACGGGAACAUUCACGCUUCUUUCAGAGGAUCAAUCUCAAGUUUGGUGUCUUUCUUGUCUUGCUGCUGGUAUUGAGCUAUUGGAUUGGUCAUGAUGCUGGCUGGGGCUUUAGUCAAACUCUCUACUUUGCCAUUACAACCUCAUGCACGAUAGGUUAUGGUGAUAAAGUCCCCACCAGCCAAGUCGGAAGACUUGGUGUAGUUGCCUUCAUUCCCUUUGCCGUUGGAGCCAUGGGAUACUUCUUGCGGCAGCUUGCGGAACUGAUAGUCCAAGCCAAACAGCAACGGCAUAUGGGCAUGUUGUUUGGAACCAUUAUGGAUGCAACAAAUUGCCGGCGACAGCAGCGAGAGCUCACAGUGGUGGAUUUGGAAGCCAUGGAUGCCGAUGGAGAUGGCAACGUUGACUGGAGUGAGUUUCUUGAGUUUAUGCUGGUGGCCAUGAAGAAGGUUGAUGAAGAUUUGCUCUGGGAGCUUCGCUAUCAAUUUGAUAGUCUCGAUGUCGACGAUACUGGGGUCUUGUCCAAGCAAAACCUGAUUUGCAUGGCACGGCAAAAGUUGCGCCAGUCCUCCCACAAGAUGCAUUUGAGGCAGUACAAGCAGCAGCUGUUGAAGAAAACAAACAGCUCUUUGUCAGUGUUGCAUGAGAGACGAGACUUCUCCAGUGUUGUCAUUGAUCUCAUGACUAAGAACAAGAAUGCGAUGGAUCAGUCUGCGUCUUCCUGGACCUAA